AUGUGCGAGAGAAUGAUAUCAAACCCAGACUCUUCAAUUUUAUACUGUAGCCAACGGUGUCGAAAUCAAGACUCUAUAAAACCUCUAGAAGCUCCUUCCAGGCCUAUUUUCUUCUCACGAGCAACAUCUUCCUUCUCCUCCUCAUUUUUCUCCCCGGUUCCCAUUCCCAGGUCAUAUCCAUACCAAAAGAGUGUAAAGGCCGGCUCAUUUUCAGACCCUGGCUUGCUCUACUCGUUGCCAAACACCACAAUAUCUCUUUCUACCAGCCUGCCGCAGCUGAGCAUUCUACACCAAGAACCAGAGACAAUGUCUUCCACACGCCAGGGCCCAUCUAAACCAGUGCAGUUCACUGCUGCAUAUCAAUACCUUACUCAGUUUCUGCAAACAAACCAGACGCCAGCCACUCCACUGCGGUCUACAUCGGAAUAUGGAAACGGUGGAAGUCUUAUUGGCAGCACGGAAAUCAGUGAUAUGCCACUAUUGACUCACUCUCCCGCUACGACGGCGGUUUCGGCAGAUGAUAGCCCCAUCACGUCGCCCGGAGCAGACUCGGAUGAGAAGUUCAUUCUACUACAGGACGACAUGAUCGAAUCCAAGGCCGCAGUUCUUGGUCCGGUAAUAAUCCAUGGAGACAGCGCGUUCUUUGAAAAGGCCCAGCAGUGA